UUUCCACUGUGUUCCUUUCAGUUCACAGCCUUUGCGGCCUUUGCGCCUUUGCCCGAAAACGAAAAAGACGCGCACGCAUCUUGGAAGACAAGAGAUGAAUCUCGCGGCAAAAAGACUCUUGGGGUGGUCAGGAAAGCUGCUCCAGUACAACAGAGGAAUCGCAACCACACAGAGUCCACGCUGCGAGGAGAGGCCACCUUCCCUGGAAAAAAGCAUCAACCAAGUGACACUUCUCGGCCGAGUGGGCAUCGAGCCACAGCUGCGUGGCAGCGAUGCUACCCCGGUGGUGGUCUUCACCCUCGCCACCAACAGCAACUACAGAUACGAGACAGGCGAGGUGCAGCAGAGGACGCAGUGGCACCGCAUCAGCGUCUUCAAGCCGUUCCUGCGGAACACCGUCCACCAGCACAUGCGCAAGGGUUCCAGGGUCCUCGUGCAGGGGCGUCUGGUGUACGGCGAAGUGACAGACGCCAAGGGAGUGGGGCACAUCACCAGCACCGUGGUCGCAGACGAGGUGGUCUUCCUCGGACGCAGUGCCAAGGAGGAGAACGCGGAGAGCGAGACCGUUGCAAGUUCUAGUUUCCAAUAAACUGUUGCAUUCUACUGA